UUUUCUGGACGGAUACUUUCACGUGAGCAACGGAUAUAUAAUUACAGGUUUUAUUAUUGCCAUGGGCUUUUGAUUUUAGCCUUUUCUAGAUUGUCAAGAGCCAGACGAAUUAUUGAAAAUGUUUUUGGAAUCAUGUGUGCUAUGUAGAGGCUUCUACUAAAACCUAUUGAAACGUCUAUAGAGUCAGCUAAUUGGAUUGUACGUGCCAUUGUCGUUCUGCAUAAUUUUUUAAUUGAUGAAGCAACAACACACAAUCCAACAUUAUUAGUUGAUCAUGGAGAUGGAUCAAAAUAUAGUUUCUCGUCAUUUUGGAAACAGUUGGUUCGUUGGCUAUGCUGCGUGGAGAAGUAGCUGUAGUCUAUCUUGGGGUUGUAAUCGUUCAGAGUCCUUUUAAUUCCUUCAUUUGCUGUGAGCGUUCCGUAUUGGCAGUGGUUGGUCUCUGUCAUUCUGAGGCACUCUUCUUUCGAAAUCGGAAGUGUUUCGCUGGUGGUCACAUUUCUUCCUUCCCCGAUUACGUUUUCCCAGUACUCUACCCUCUGUUUUACAAUGACACACCUACUCGCUUUAACUUCCCUGGCUUCCAUAUUUACCCGAUACACUUGCAGUCUUAAUUUGACCUUGGUACCCGGUAACCACUCUGAACAAGACAUACCUCGAUGUUGUAAGUCGAUCAAUCUUGCGGGAGCCACCUCAUUGCACAUCAUUGCCGACUGCC